AUGCCAUCCAUGAGUGCAGCUCCUAGGUCUUCAUGCAGGGUCACUUUCAACCUCAUUUCAAUGCUCUCUCGGAGCUGCUCCACCCGCUCCUUUUCUCGCAGCCCUCGGCCUCCCGGGCUGGAAAUCUUUGCGAUUGAGCGGUUGCCUCUAGAUGGAAACCCGGGAAGCAAACCCCAAGCUUUCAUGCCCGCCCUCUCGGCAACCGCCCUACACCCACACCUUCACCAGCACCACGAGCACCAAGGAGGCACGGAAGGCGCGGGCUUCAACCUGCCCUUGAACUGCGGGCUGGAGCGCUCACUGGAAGAGGCGGCCAAUUCUGGGGGCUUAAACCUGAGCACAAGGAAGCUGAAGGAGUUUCACCGGACGGUGGCCCCCGGGCACAACCUCUCAGACAUGGUUCAGGCAGAUCUGUCUAAAAACAGGCUGGUGGAACUGCCGAUGGAACUGUGCCAUUUCGUAUCCCUGGAGAUCCUUAACCUGUAUCACAACUGUAUCCGCAUCAUCCCAGAGGCCAUUGUUAAUUUGCAGAUGCUAACCUACUUAAACUUGAGCCGAAAUCAGCUGUCUGCCCUGCCUGCCUGCCUGUGUGGUCUGCCUCUCAAAGUCUUAAUCACAAGUAACAACAAGAUGGCAUCACUACCUGAAGAGAUAGGUCAGCUCAAGCAGUUAAUAGAGUUGGAUGUCAGCUGCAACGAGAUCACAGCCUUGCCCCAGCAGAUUGGCCAGCUAAAGUCUCCACAAGAACUGAAUGUCCGAAAAAAUAACCUUAAGAUUUUACCACCAGAACUAGUAGAUCUCCCCUUGGUAAAGUAUGACUUUUCCUGCAACAAAGUUCUGGUGAUACCCAUCUGUUUCAGAGAGAUGAAGCAGCUUCAAGUGCUCUUUCUGGAGAACAACCCUCUGCAGUCCCCGCUGGCUCAGAUUUGCACAAAAGGCAAAGUGCACAUAUUUAAGUACCUGAGCAUACAAGCGUGCCAGAUUAAGACGACUGCCCUGUACCUCCACACCAUGGAGAGGCCUCAUUUGCACCAGCAUGUAGAAGACAGUAAGAAGGAUUCUGAUUCGGGAGUUGGAAAUGACAAUGGAGAUAAGCGGUUAUCUGCCACCGAGCCCUCCGAUGAGGACACAGUUAGCCUCAAUGUUCCCAUGUCAAACAUCAUGGAGGAAGACCAGGCCAUCAAGGAGGAUGCCUGCCAUCAUCUGACCCCAGCCAAAGGAGAAUUUCAGCCAGAGCCUUCCCUUUUGGGUGACAGCAACAGCUCAGGACGAGAAAGAGACCAGUUUGCUGAUGGAGCAGAUGCUCUUCACCCGGGAUUUAUGAACUAAAAGGACCAGGCGCGAGAGUGUGAAGAGCUAUUGCGGAUAGAAGAGGUUGCUCAUUGGCACAUGGAGAGACUACUAGAGUCAUCCAAAGAUCAGGAUUUGGAUAUAGCAAUGAUUGAGCAGCUGAGAGAAGCAGAAGUGUUGCUUCAGGAUCCCAACGGUCUGAGCGCUGACAUUACAGGGAGGAGUAUUUUGAGCCUGUAUCCCAUGGGCUCAGCAGAAGCCUGAGAAUUACCUGACCCUACGUUCAAUGGUCAGAUGCAGCUGGAGAUGUCCCCAGAGUGUGAGGUGCAAAAUGAUCUAAUGAUGCGGAGUAACGGGAACCAUUAUUCUCCAAAUGAGAUGAGAGACAACUCCCCUUCCGUGUCUCCUACUGCAAACAUCACAGCUCCUUUUGGCCUGAAGCCUCUCUCAGUGUUUCUAAGACCGCAGAGAAAUUUGGAAUCCAUAGACCUGCAGUUUACGAUUUGGAGGAAAAUGGAGCAGAUGACAGAAGGAAAGGAGCUGGUGGAGCAGCACCGAGAGAGCAUUGAAAUGAGGUUGAAAGUGACCCUGCAUGAAGACAUAGGAGCUGCACUCAUGGAUGGCGUCGUGCUCUGCCACUUGGCCAACCACAGG